AUGGCAACAGUGAUAUCCAAUUUCGGGAGAAGGACUAGAAAUAUAAUUGAUGCUUGUGUAUUUGCAAAUAAAUCUAGCUGUGUGCUGAGUUCGCCACGUCUGAAUUCGUCUUUUGUGGGAGCAGGUACUGAGGGAGUGAACCCAAAUCAUCCUAAGAUUCUCAUAACAGGAAGUCUUGGACAGCUUGGUACUGGACUAGCCAAAGAACUCAGACAAAAAUAUGGACGGAACAAUGUCAUCAUGUCUGAUAUCAUCAAACCAUCACAGUCUGUCAAAGAAAGUGGACCCUAUCUUUUCGCGGACAUCCUCGAGUUUAAGGCCCUUCAAGAGAUGAUAGUGACACAUGACAUCGACUGGAUCAUCCACUUCAGUGCCUUGCUCAGUGCUGUGGGCGAGAAUAACGUGCCUCUAGCCAUGAGAGUCAACAUCGAAGGUCUUCACAACGUUCUAGAGCUGGCAAGACAGUACAGACUUAAACUCUUUGUCCCCAGUACUAUUGGUGCAUUUGGCCCGGAUUCGCCGAGGAAUCCAACACCGGAUAUGUGCAUACAGCGACCACGCACUAUCUACGGAGUAUCCAAAGUGCAUGCAGAGCUCAUGGGAGAGUACUAUUACCACAAGUACGGACUGGACUUCCGAAGUUUGAGGUUUCCAGGAGUAAUCUCUGCCGAUACAAACGCUGGAGGCGGUACUACAGACUAUGCUGUCGCCAUAUUCCACGAGGCCCUAAAGAAAGGUUCGUUCAACUGCUAUCUAAGGCCAGACACCCGAAUGCCUAUGAUGUACAUUACUGAUUGUCUGAGGUCUGUAGCCCAAUAUAUGGAAGUACCAGAAUCGAAAAUGAAACUACGGACAUACAAUGUGACAGCAAUGAGCUUCACACCAGAAGAACUAGCAGAGGAGGUCAAGAAAUAUGUACCAAACUUCACAAUUACAUACAACCCUGAUGACAGGCAGCAAAUUGCCGACUCCUGGCCUGAAGUCUUUGACGAUCAGAACGCUAGAACAGACUGGGAAUGGAACCAUGAACACGACCUCCAAGCAAUGUGCAAGAUUAUAUUUGAUGCCCUCACGCCUCUGUAUAGAUCAUAAAAACUACUUGGCCGUGUGUCCACACAAUAGUUCUACUAAAUACCCAUUUCGGCUAUAUAAGUGUCAUUUUAGAAUAAAGUAUCGAUGCCUGUUUUAUUUUAUAAAAAAUUAGUAUCAAAUAAAAGAA